AUGUCGCGCAAUUUCAAGCCGUCGUCACUCCACCUCCGCAACGUCAUACUCUUUCUCCAUCUAUCUGGGCAAGAACCCGCGGAUAUCGAUAGACGUCUCAAGGAAGUUUACAAGGAGCACGCCGCCGCUAGGAGUGCCGUCUACAUGUGGCACUCGAAGUUCACAUCGGGCGACUAUUCCAUCGAAGAUGAAGACCGUUCGGGACGCCCGAUGGAGUUGGAUUUGGGCUUGCUGCGGAGACAGGUGGAAGCCGAUCCGUAUCAAACCACUUGCGAACUGGCAGUCGCUCUUGGGGUGAAUCAAACCACAGUUGUUCGCGGAUUGAAGUCAAUCGGCAAGGCGCGAAAACUAGGUCGAUGGGUACCACAUGCUCUGACGCAGUAUGAGAUGGACUGCCGCGUUAAUACGGCACUUUCUCUCCUCACGCUCAAGCGCACCCACACGUGGCUUGAGCACCUAGUCACCGGAGGUGAGAAGUGGAUUGACAAUGGGUUGACAAAGGCAUUGGGUUUUUGUCAAGCAAGCGAUAACUCAGACCUGGCUCGUCAGACGGACUUUCUUAAUCCUGAGGUUAUCCGAAUCACAAGGGAGCUAAGUCAACAUAUGCAUAUAUCGACGAGCAGGUUCUUCAUAAACGAGAGGACAUUUCGACAUAGAGGGAAGUUGCGGCUGGUCGACAUAAGUGCAACAGACGGGUCUACACUUACUAUAAAUUCCACUGUGUCUGCUAACGAGGUCGUCCGUGAUGUGGCAGCACUUUGUAGAAGGACAAAGCAUUGUUCAUCAUUUUCUUGUGAAUUGAGCGAUUUCGCAGAAUUUGGUAAAGAAAAGGAGCUGAUCAUUCCGAGGGAUCUGACAAUAAUGAACAUAGGUGAAACAAUCAAGUUUUCAUGUGCCUCCCCCGAAAGUAACACUGUCAUAACAUUCAGCUGUGGAGAGAGAGGAUAUAUUCGACCACAUCCAAGCCAAGUCAACUGUAAAGUAAAAGAUACAAAUGAAGAUCUUGAGGGCGUUGAAAUUUCCUGGAAUACAAAGGUACAGACGUCUUGUGAGAAGUGUCAUGCUUUGGGAACUGCGUCGUGUUCUAUAGAGCCAGAAGGAUUCUCUUGUAUUUGUAACGAAGGAUGGACGGGACAUCGAUGUUUUAGUGCCCCAGAUAUGUGUAAAUUGCAAAAAUGGAAUUGUGGACAAAAUGGCAAAUGCGUGACAACAAUCGACCAGGCAUACUGUGCUUGUGACGAGGGCUUCGGUGGAACUCAUUGUGAGAUAUCGAAGGUCCAUAUGUCAUUUAAUGGACAAAAUGAGAGUUCAUUUAUGUCUGCAGGCACUGCUUCAGUUAUUGUGCUUACUGCAAGCGAAACAUUCUUGAUGAUAGGAAAGGCUCUUCUCCUCAUUCAUAUUCCACGAAUGGAACCGGAUCCUCAAGCAUCAUAUCAAGAAAUCCGCUCAACAUUCUUGAUGUGCGCUGGUUAUCUGUUUUUGUUUCUUCACCAUCCUGGUCUACUCCUUUUGGACAUGUAUAAAUGUACUCUUGCGUGGUACGGAACUACUACCUUCUACUCACUAGCACUCACCACGUACGCUCUUGAAGCGAUAAAUGCUUACGAGGUCAUGAUCGUAGAGCAGCGUAACGUUUGGAGCCAUAAUAUCGAUGAGAAGAAGUCGUGGUAUUACGGCUUUACAUUUCGUCUGCUGUUUUCUUUCGCCGCAGUGGGUGGUGCAGUUGUCGCUGUUGGUAUUAGCGCUUUCAGUCAGGUGACUACACAAUGGACCUGUAUGGGCAUCUACUCGCAGAGCUCUACAAAUUUAUGGCUUCCAUUAGUGCUUCUGGAUUUAAUACUUACAUUAGCUGCUAGUACUUAUUCGUACAAAGCAUCAUUUAUUCAAUGGUAUCUACCGCAAUACGAGGAGAAAAUGGAGAAGAAUGCAGAGAAAUUGGAUUUGGCUGCGUGGAACAACGUAGAUAAGUGUAAACGGGAUAUUUACUUCACGUUCAUUGGACCGUGGCUGCUGUGUGGAGUGUGGGUCCUACAGGCGGCAUCAAGCUACCGGACGAUGGACACGUUUCUGAAUCUGCUAACGGUGAUAAUUCCACUAAUUUAUGCCGCCUGCAAUAUCCUCCAAUCUGUGGUCACUACUCCAACGAUCUAUAGCGCAGCCAUCCAGCUGGCAAUGAGAGCAAUGCCUGAAAGUAUAUCACCUGAAUGUGACCCGGUAACUAUGUGGACAAAAAGGGAAGUCCUGGAAAGGAGCAAAAUUAGGAAAUCAGGAGGAAAAGUUGAGGGUCUACAAAACAAUGCUAUGUAUCCGUGGACUCCCGCGUUUGAGGAUUACCUCCCAAAAAGCAAACGUGCUCGCAUAAGAAGAUGUUGGAUGCGUACCUACGCUAGGCUGAGGAUAGAAGAGGAAAGCAGGACUAAAUCCGAACUUAUCUGGGGAGUGUUCGUUAAGGAGAUAUAUGACCACGGUAUUUACGAACGCAGUAAACCUGUCCUAGAUCAACUAAGAUAUCUGUUCAAAUGUUGGGUUGUUCAAACGUAUCGGAGAGACCCGAAAAAGGACAGCGACAGCGUGCAACCAAGGCGAACUCGCGUUGAUGAAGAACUGGAGUACCUUCUGUCUAACUACUACAAAGUGCUUAACAGUUUGAGUGUCUUUAGACGCAGUUCUCCCAGUCACAUCCAAAAAAGUGAUUACUGUAACUCAAUUGAGAACUACCUUAAAACAUGUGACACAUAUGAUCCUUUCCUAAUGUGUAUGAUAAAUUCACUGGAUAGGAACGGUAACACACAGCAAGUCCCACUUUUAAGAACGCCACUGAAGAUGCUUAGCAUCCAGGUGCUAGACAAUAUGCAGCUUGCUUCAGAGGAGGAGAACACAAUUUCCCACCCAAACAUGAGAAGGAAUGCGGAACCUAACUCUCCAACUUGGAUGCUAACGAGAGAGGAGAAAACAACGGAAGAGCUACGUGGGUUUUCUAAUCGAGUUUGGGAGAUGGCAAAACAAAACUGGGAUUAUAUUCAAAGAUCAAAAGCCCUAUAA